UCGAUUGGCAUAAAUAUUUGGACAGGCGCUGGGAUCAGCUCAUUUGUUAGCAUGGAUUUCUUUGCGACGGGCGCAUUUCAACAGCUCUACAGCGAGCUGGAGGAGCCGGCAAUAGUCGGCGGCGACUGCUUUGACCAGGAUCUGCAGCAGCAGCAGCAGCUACAGUCGAGGGAUUGCUGCUACGCGGACGUUAAUUUUGGCAACGGCUUUGAGCCGGGUGGCAUGGAUUACUAUGGCAUCAUCACACUCGACAGUAACAACAACAACAACAACAAUAACAACAGCAGUCAUAACAACCUGAGCCACAUAUGCAGCAGCAACAGCAGCAGCAGCAGCGAAGAUCAGGAGUUAUUGUUUGACUUUGACGUUACAGACACGGACUCAGCUCUAGCAGGCGGUGCUGCGGCGGCUCCGCCAGAGCUGAGUGAUUGGGAGCAGCGGCUGUUAGAUCAUUUUGUGGAAAUACCCGAGCUUAUUGACAUACUGCCCGAGCGCACGCCUCUCUGCACCGACAUGUGCGAUGACUUUUUACAGGAGAGCAAUAACAAUCUGCGCCUGGCCGCGCCCAGCUCGCCAGCCUUCUCCGCUUCGGCAGCAGGGACGGCGUCAGCAUCAGCGCCCAUGCAGCUCAGCCAGAAUGCUGCAGGCGAGAAGGGCUACUUGUGCACAUUUGGCAGCUGUGAGAAGCUCUAUGCCAAGCCCGCUCACCUUAAGGCCCAUUUGCGCCGGCACAUGGGCGAGAAGCCGUACGCCUGCAAUUGGCCGGACUGCAGCUGGCGCUUCUCGCGCUCCGACGAGCUCGCCCGCCACCGUCGCUCUCACUCGGGCAUCAAGCCCUACAAGUGCGACUAUUGCGCCAAGUGCUUUGCCCGCUCUGAUCAUCUAACAAAGCACCGCAAGGUGCACGAGCGGCGCCUGUUGGCCGCCACCCGCUCCGGCAAGCUGCUGCCCAACGGUCCCCUGCCCCAGAGCGUCUACUCAGUGCGUCCGGGUCGCAAGCGCAAGAAUCAGUUCUGA